GCAUAUCCUCAUAAAGAAGCCUUGUGGACAUAUGUCCAGGAAAAAUACACAAUAUCUGAUGAGGGGAAAGCUUGGGUAUUGAAGACCAUUAAUGAUACAUGGAGAUGUUACAAAGCUAGGAUUAAAAAGAAUUAUUAUAAAAAGUUCUCUACUAAUGCCGAGAGAUUGGAAAACAGGUCUCAGGAGAUACCCAAGGAUGAAUUUGAGUUGGUUGUGCAAUAUUGGGGACGCAAAGAGGUCCAGGAAAAAGCUGAGAAAAACACUUCCAAUCGAAAGAAAGUAAAGGAUACACACACUGUUGGACCACGCAGUUUUGCCCAAGUUCGCGAAAAAUUGAAAUCUAAAAAAGCGAACAAGGAGAAACUAAGUAAAGCAGAAGUGUUCAUCGAAACACGUAAGAGAAAAGCUGGUCGUCGGUACGCUUCAUUGAACGAUGUGACAGAAUACAAAAUUUCCCAGCUUGAACAACUCAUUUCAUCCGAGCCGGAAAAAAAUGAGAUGGUUGAGCAACUUAUCGGAGAUAUAUCGCAUGGACCAAAUUAUCUUAUAGGCAGGCGUGGGAGAUCAAAGAAACGGAAGGAAUCACCUCCUAACAUUUCAAAACUAAAAGAAGAAAUGGCUGAUGAGAUGAAUAAGAAAAUUCAGCAUUGCUUAGCUUUUGCUAUAACUAAAUUGGCAGCAGACAAUCCAAAUUUGAAAGUCAAUGUUGAAGAGCUUUUUGCAGCAAUGCCAUUUGAUGUUUCCAAUGAUGAGCUUCAAGAUGAUUCCAAUUCUUCCGAUUCUAACGAGGCUGAAACGUCUAAGGGAGAUUAAAGAUUGAAAUAUGAUCAAGGUGCUCAUGGUAUUUGCUUUUUGUUCCUAAGUAGUUAUGGAGGCUAAUUCCCAUUUUGGAUGCAAGAACGUG